UACAUACACAGACACAUGUACAUACAGACACACAUACGUACAUACACACACGUACAUGCACAAACACACAUACAUGUACAUACACACAGACACAUGUACAUGCACACAUGUACACCUACACACACACACACACCCCAUAAAAUGUUGCAGUACUUCGCUGUUCACUCACAGAGCCGGGUACUGCACUGUAGGGGGAGGCAGAGAGCACAGCACACACUCCUUCCUUUGCUUUCACUGCGCUCAGCUAUUGAGCAGUCUGACAGCUCCCAGUGCCAAUGACACAUCCGGCCUGAGUUCCGAGCCUGCUCAGCAAGAUGGCCCUGGGGGACACACUCGCCCCCACCAUAAUUUCCACUCGCCAUUGGCGAGCAGGCGAGUGCAGAUUUCAAGCCCUGCUCUA